GAUCAUGUUUUUGUUCAACGUUUUUUGUUGUAUUCAGCUGCAUAACCAAGAGACACAUCAGCAUCAUUAGAAAGUAAUCAAUAAUUAAUCACACAUACAUGCUUAAAAAGAUAAACUGUCAAAAGAAAACAUUGAAAUCCAAAGAUCAGUACAUGUGGCUCAGAACAGAACCAUAGAUCUGCAGGAUUAUAUGAAAGGGUUAUUACUUACAACAUACUUAUCAUAUACCAGUUUAUACUAUGAUUGGAAACAUGAACACUCAAAUUCGAUCAUCCCCACAAAAGGGUUGAAAGAAAAUGAAUAAAAAAAACUACCCAGAAGAAUCAACCUUCCAAAACGAUCAAAAAAACGCCAUAGAAGAGCAGAAAUCAAGAACCCUGGUUAAGUUACGGAGCAUAUUAUAAAGUGGAAGAAGAUAAACGAACCGAAAUUAAAGCUGUGUUUGGUCGCUGGAGAAGGGUUUUCGAGCUUGCAAUGAAAUCUGAACUUGGCGGAAGAAAAGGCGAGAGAAUCAACAAGUGGCGGAGCAGAGAAGAAAAUCGAAAGAUGAAAUUGAAGGUUUCGGUAAUGGCGACGCUGUUAUAUACCCAAGAGAAACCAGAGAAAGGGGUGCCGGGCGCGUGGGUUGCUUAUCGCUUGAAGUUGCCGGCUGAUUCGAAAGUGCACCCAGUGUUUCAUGUGUCGCUGCUGCGCCCUUUUCGUGGGGAUCCUACUGCCCAACCGUGUCAACCACUGCCGAAGGAGUUGAAGGACGGCCAAGUUCCCUCCGUCCCUGUCCGGUUGCUUGGUCGGCGCACGGCUUUGGUGGGCAAUGUGUUGACUGACCAGGUUCUUGUAGAAUGGUCCGAGGGUGGGGCCGAUGAUGCCACAUGGGAGCCCCUCGAGUUUAUACGCAAGCAAUUUCCACGUUUGCACCUUGCGGACAAGGUGCUUGUUGAAGACGAGGGGAAUGAUAAGAACACGACCACGAAUGAGGACGCCCUGGAAACAGAAAAUAGUGACGACAAAAUGGGGAGCUUGGGAGAGGAAGGAGAGGNGUGGGGGCCUGGAGAAGCAGGAAGUGAGCGAAUUAUAAGCUCCUUCGGGGUUUCUUUACGGUUCUUUACCUCGUCGCUUUUCUUGAACCGUCAGGAAAGAAAAUACCUAAACCCUAAUUCUCCCUUCCCUGUGACGUGUGGUUCUGCCGCACGAGUUCUCUCUCUCUCUUUAACCCUUGUCCUUCUCUUCUUGGAGUUCGGAGACACUCGAAGCUCUCUUCCCCGAUACGUGUUCGUAUCAAUUGGUGCUCUCGCUGUCCUCGUCAUGUCUCAAGAAGUCGGACGCGAUGAUGAGGUGGUCGCACUCAAGAAAUCCGUCAAUCAAAUACAACAGGAUCUGGAGCAACGUUUUGCUCGUUUGGAGGCAUUGAUUCUGGCCAGUAGCAGCAGUCACGCCGACAAGCCGAGUGGGUCUCGGGACGACGAUCCAGGCCCGAAAUCUGGUGGUUAUGGGCCUCGCCCGAAGUUAGAGUCGCCCAAGUGUGAUGGAUCAGAUCCUCUCCGAUGGCUUUACAAAGUUAAGGAGUAUUUUUCCUUUUAUGCCACACCCCCAGACGAACGGCUCCGUUGCGUGGCCCUUAUGUUGGAAGGAGCGGCCGCCGAUUGGUUUCAAUGGCGCUCCACGAAUGGUUUACUUGAAGGUUGGGACGAUUUUGUUACUAAAUUCCGGCAGCGCUUCGACCCUUUACAUUAUGUGGAUUACUUUGGUCAAUUGGCCAAACUACGGCAGCGGGGGUCGGUUAUGGAAUACCAAACCGAGUACGAGAAGCUUCUUCAACAUAUCACCGGUGCCAGUGAGGAGGUUUUGCUUUCCUUAUUCCAUGCCGGGCUUAAAUCUCAUCUUCAGCAGGAGAUUGUUUUGCUUAAACCACGCACUCUUUCGGACUCCUUUGCUUUGGCACGCGAGUUAGAGGCCAAACACGCCGCCCUUGUGUCCGCCGUGACACAGCGCCCGACUUCUGGGUUUUCCGCUUCCACAGCCAAGGGAAUGCAUCCAGGGCCUCCUACUACUGCCGGCAUCUUGCCAACCCCAAACAAGGCUCCGGGGGUAGCUCCUGCCACAGCGCCUGUCCGCCGCCUCACUAGAGCCGAACGUUUGGAGAAAGAUGCUAAAGGGUUGUGUUAUAACUGUGAUCAAAAGUGGUCGCGUACCCAUAAGUGCGGUCGAUUCUUACUAUUGUGUGGGGACGAUGAUGAGGAAGAUUCUGACGCCAUACAUGAUGAAUUGGUGGUUGAAGCGGAUAUCUCGAGCUUGAACAAUUUUAUGGGUAUCACUUUACCGCGGGCUCUUCGUCUUCUGGGUACGCUGGGGUCCAACGAGGUUCGUGUCUUGAUCGACGGAGGUAGCUCUCAUAAUUUUGUGCAUCCCGAAGUGGCAUCCCGUUUACAGUUACCUAUCAAAGCGGUGUCACCCUUUCGGGUGUACGUGGGUAAUGGGGAUUCCAUGCCAUGCAACGCGCAGUGUCCAGCCGCAUCCCUUACCCUCCACGGUACCCAAUUUAUGGUUGACUUAUAUGUCCUUGCGAUUCAUGGUCAAGAUAUUGUGCUAGGGGUUCAAUGGUUGCAACACCUCGGGAAAGUUAGCCACGACUAUGCCAACUUAACCAUGGAAUUUGUGUGGGAGGGUAAGCUGGUUCGUUUGAAUGGCAGUGCGCCCCCGAAUAAACAGGUUUCUCUCUCUAUGUUUCAUGGAUUGCAACGUUCACACUCCCUCUUGGAAUGUUAUGAGAUCUUGUCCCUAGAAGCCGAAGCUGCCACGAUACCCGAACCAGCCGAGGACAGGCAGUCCAUUCCACCCCAAAUCUGUGAGUUGCCGGCUGAUUCGAAAGUGCACCCAGUGUUUCAUGUGUCGCUGCUGCGCCCUUUUCGUGGGGAUCCUACUGCCCAACCGUGUCAACCACUGCCGAAGGAGUUGAAGGACGGCCAAGUUCCCUCCGUCCCUGUCCGGUUGCUUGGUCGGCGCACGGCUUUGGUGGGCAAUGUGUUGACUGACCAGGUUCUUGUAGAAUGGUCCGAGGGUGGGGCCGAUGAUGCCACAUGGGAGCCCCUCGAGUUUAUACGCAAGCAAUUUCCACGUUUGCACCUUGCGGACAAGGUGCUUGUUGAAGACGAGGGGAAUGAUAAGAACACGACCACGAAUGAGGACGCCCUGGAAACAGAAAAUAGUGACGACAAAAUGGGGAGCUUGGGAGAGGAAGGAGAGGAAAAUCAUGUGGAGAUAGGCAGCUCUGCACCCUUCUCUACCAUCGAGGCCUUCCUCUUCUUCCUUCCACUGCGUCCAGCAAAAGCUAGAGCCAGAGCCAAAGGCAUGGAGACGAGACGCUUAUCUUCUGCUUCUCUACCCCUUCUUUCUCCAGAAGCCCACAGGGUGAGCGGCAGAGGAGCUUCAAUCAGCCCCGAGGAAUGGCAGGGUUGGGGAAGCACCUCCCCCGUACCUGCAAUGGUGGUUGAGGUGAUUGAAGACUUGAAGCUUCUGGAGAGAAAUGUUGAUGCUCGAAUGGACUUUGGAGGCAACCAUGGAAAACUCCAGGGAGAUUUCAAGGUGCAUGAAGAUAAGAAGCAUAGAGCAAAAUACAAGUCGUUAGGUGAUUCCGAAAGUAAGCUACAGUUCUUUUCAGCAAGACAAAUUGCAUGCCGUUUACUUGGAAGUAGAGAUUACCUUUGUCAGAAGUGUUGGCUUGCGAAGGAAGAUUGUAUGUGUUCAAGAGUCAUACCAUAUAAUUCUUGGCACCGUAUCCGGUUUUGGUUGUAUAUGCAUCCCAAGGAUUUCUUGCGCCAAAAUAACACAGGAAAGCUGUUAUGGCAAGUGUUUGGUGUUCAUGCUGCUAAUUUGAUCUUAUUUGGCAUUUCUGAAAAUGAGGACAUGCUGUGGGAUGCGUUAAAACUUUCAGGGAAGGACAAGGUUUGGUGUCUCUAUCCUAAUAAGAAUGCUGCUUCAAAAUCUGUCAAGGACAGCUUUUACCAUACUUUUUUGGCAGAUCCAAUGGCAAAUAGCUAUGAUGUCUUCAACUUUAUUCUACUUGAUGGCACCUGGAGCAAUUCUACUGCAAUGUUCAGCCGUUUAAAGGAGCGAGCCAAGUCACUUUGGGGUGAGGAGCUCCCUUGUAUCUCACUAAAUACAGGCCUAUCCUUGAUGCAUAGACUGAGACCCCAACCGUCGUGGGACCGGACAUGUACCGCAGCCGCAGCAAGUGGUCUCCUGCAGGAGCUUCAUCUUCUCCCUGCAUUCGACUCCUAUGAGUUAGAUAAGCACGCCGAUGCAAUUGAAGAUGCUUUGGAGGUCCUCUUAGAUGUACUAACCCAACGCCGCCUUCGCAAGGGAAGGCCCAUCGCUCGUGAAGGCAGACACUGUAGCAACAUCAUUCCACAGGCGCCGGAUGAUUCAUGCUGACUGACUUUGCCCGGUUCGCAGGCAACCACAAUUUGUUAACAAGUAACAACUAAUUAUUUUAAUUGAGCAAGCCUAGGAGACAUAUAUGUACAAUUUUCAUGAAGAAUUUUAUUGGGAUCAAGUGUCUCUAUUCAUAGACUGUGGAAAGCUUUUGUUCGUAAACGUGUGGGUGAAGGAAAGCUUCUAUGGAAGCCAAUAAUAUGGCCCUCGCAAA